CAGUGUUGCUCAGCUCGGUGUGUUACAUAACGCCGGUGUUGUGACGCGGCGCGCGCGCGCUGAAUCCCCGGUACAUUAGCGACAGUAAGACCCAGUGGAAGCCCACCGGCCGCCCCCUCACACUGGGAGAGAGAUGCGCUGCUGUGGGCGAUGAGCUCCGGUGAAGGUGUAUAAGUCUCGCAGCUCACCUCAGAGACGCACAUUUUUAGGUAGCUACUGCGUGCGCUUUUACACCAGACCCGCGCUCAGGAUUCCUGUCGAUCCCGUGUAUAGGGCAGUUUUCCGAGCCAGUGCGUGCUGUGUGUGUUUUCUGUGAACCGCACCUCCGGGAACGGAAAGGCAACUCCGCGCUCCGCAGCUUGGCACUGAACUGAAGCGGGGAGAUCACACCGCAGCUGGAGAAGGAGCGCAGGAUCACUGCGUCUGAGAUGCUCAAAGUGAGUAUGAUCAGCUCCAGGCCAGGCGCAGCUCCGGAAUACUGGAUCGAUGGCUCCAAGAAAGAGACGCUGGAGGACUUCUACGAGCUCGAGUCGGAACUGGGACGGGGAGCCACGUCAGUGGUGUUUCGAUGUCGGCAAAAAGGCACCCAGAAACCCUACGCUGUGAAGAAGCUGAAGAAAACAGUUGACAAGAAGAUUGUACGAACAGAGAUCGGAGUCCUGCUGCGCCUCUCUCAUCCAAAUAUAAUCAAGCUGAAGGAGAUCUUUGAGACGCCGUCAGAGAUCAGUCUCGUCCUGGAGCUUGUAACUGGAGGAGAAUUAUUUGACAGGGUGGUGGAGAAGGGCUACUACAGCGAGCGAGAUGCAGCAGACGCUAUCAAACAGGUGCUGGAGGCCGUCGCGUACCUGCAUGAAAAUGGUGUCGUGCACCGCGACCUGAAACCUGAGAACCUCCUGUACGCCACUUCAGCACCAGACGCUCCUCUCAAAAUAGCCGAUUUCGGGCUGUCGAAAAUCGUGGACGACCAAGUGACAAUGAAGACGGUGUGCGGGACUCCAGGAUAUUGUGCUCCAGAGAUCCUCCGGGGAUGUGCCUAUGGACCCGAAGUUGACAUGUGGUCUGUAGGAGUUAUCACAUACAUCUUACUGUGCGGUUUUGAGCCUUUUUUUGAUGACAGAGGGGAUCAGUACAUGUUCAAGCGCAUCCUGAACUGUGAAUAUGAGUUUGUCUCCCCCUGGUGGGACAACGUGUCUCUUAACGCUAAGGACCUGGUGAAGAAGUUGAUCGUCAAGGACUCAAAGAAGCGGCUGACGACGCAGCAGGCCCUGCAGCACCCGUGGGUGACCGGGAAAGCCGCUAACUUCACCCACAUGGACACGGCUCAGAAAAAGCUCCAGGAGUUCAACGCCAGAAGAAAGCUCAAGGCUGCCGUUAAAGCCGUGGUGGCUUCGACACGGCUGGGAAGUGCCAGCAGCCACAGCAACUCGGACGCAAGCAAGGCAAACUCUCUUCCCGCUGAGCAGCAGGACGCGGAAGACGAGCAGCCUGAAAAAGACGUCCACGAGCUAGAAGACCCGUAGACUUGUUUGGAUUUGCAAGGGAACGAGUUUACCAUUUGUCAGUGAAAGGAAAAUGUUGUUUUUCUCACAGGUUUGGUUAGACCUGAAACCAUUGUGUCCUGACAAGGCUCAUGACAGGAUAGAGAUUUGGGUUUUGGUGACAUGCAUGUGAUUGAUUUAGGCUACAAUAUCAGACUUUG